CGCUUUUUUUGGUUGAUUGUUUUUCCGGAUUUUAGGUUAUCGCAAGUAUGGAUUUCUUUUUGAAAUCGGGAAAACUGGGAGAUGCAUCCUCAUCCACCAAAUCCAGUGGCGGCUCUAAGGCUGUUAAGAAACCUAAAUUAGUCCCAUGGGUCGAAAAAUAUCGUCCAAAAACAAUCGAAGACGUUGUAGAGCAAAAUGAAGCCGUGACAGUUCUUGGCGAAUGCAUCAAAGGCGCAGAUUUACCAAAUUUAUUGUUCUAUGGCCCUCCAGGUACCGGAAAAACUAGUACUAUCAUAGCAGCAGCCAAACAACUUUUUGGAGAUCUAUAUCGUCAAAGAAUAUUGGAGUUAAAUGCCUCAGAUGAAAGAGGAAUUCAAGUUAUUAGGGAAAAAGUUAAGACAUUCUCACAGCUAACUGCCAGCAGUGUUCGAGAAGAUGGAAAACCAUGUCCAUCCUUUAAAAUUGUGAUACUUGAUGAGGCUGAUUCCAUGACUUAUGCAGCUCAAGCAGCCCUGCGUAGGACAAUGGAAAAAGAAACUAAAUCUACAAGAUUUUGUUUAAUUUGUAACUAUGUUUCAAGAAUUAUACCACCAUUAACUUCAAGAUGUACUAAAUUUCGUUUUAAACCAUUAAAUGAAUGUAUGAUUUUUGAAAGAUUAACUUACAUAUGUAAAGAAGAAAAUGUGAUCUGUGAAGAUGUAACCCUAAACAAGCUUGUUGAAACUAGUGGUGGAGACAUGAGAAGAGCUAUAACUUGCUUGCAGAGUUGUGCCAAGUUGAAGGGAAAAGGUGUGCCAAUUAGUAUUGAUAAUAUUAUUGAAGUUACAGGGGUGGUCCCCGAUAAACUUUUAAUAGGAUACUUGGAGGUUUGCAAAACAAGAAACUUGCAAAGUUUGCAGAAUUAUAUCAAAGAAAUGAUGUUGGAGGCUUAUGCAGGUUCACAGAUAUUGGAGCAAUUAAAUGAAAUGGUGGUAAACUCUGAUGAUUAUACUGAUAAACAAAAAGCAAUUAUUGGGGAAAAAUUAGGGACUGUUGCAUUUAGACUUCUGGAUGGAGGUUCUGAAUACAUUCAACUACUGGAUCUGGGAUGUGCUAUUAUUAAAGCACACAAUAUUUAAUUGUUUUUGUUUCAUUAUUUAUUUUUUUAAACAAAAUACUUUUUAAUGCAUUUUUCAUAAGGAUU